UCCUCCCCGGGCCCCCCGGCAGCCCCGCCCGCGUCCGCGUCCGCCUCCGACCCCGCCGGGGCGCGUGGUCCCUCCGGCCCGGCUCCAGCGGGGCGGCGCCUCGCGGCGGGCAGCGCCAAGCCGAGCGCGGAGCCAAGGGCCGCGCCGGGACCCGGGCCGGGGACGCCGCUGCUGCUCGCUUGGCCCCCGCCCGCCGCAGGCGACAGCGGCGAGAGCGAUGUCAGGCUGGUGUCUGGGCAGUUCCCGCAGUCCCCGCAGAAGCUGUCUUUCUACAGCUGGUAUGGCAGCGCCAGGCUCUUCCAAUUCUGCGUGCCCCCAGACACCAUGCUGCUGUGCUGCCUAUUCCACGUGUCACGGGGAGGCAGCCCCACGUGUGCCAACGUGGCGAUCACCAUAUUCCGCUACGCCGCCCCUCCGGUCAUCAGCCCCCUGGGCACCAGCUUCCCUGACAAUACCUCUGUGCAGCCGUCCUUCCUCGUCAAGAUGCUAGAGAGCAACGCCUCUGUGACCAUCUCCCACCCUGCGCCCGGGGACUGGUUUGUGGCUGCCCACCUGCCCCCUUCAUCCCACAAGGUUGAGGUGCAGGGCUUUGCUCCCACCUGUGCCUACGUCUUCCAGCUGGACAUGCUGGUCGUGAGGGUGGUGGAGGUCUCCAUUCUGGAGCCAGAUGUGCCCCUUCUGCAGACCCUCCUCUCCCGCCCCAGCUGCCUCAAGACCUUCAUCCCUGUGUACACCCAGGAGUCACGUCUGGAGCUAAAGGGCUGUGUGUCCAACGGGAGCCUGGGCUGCCCCAUGCACCUCACCGUGGGCUCGGCCACCCUGCCCAGCAACUUCCAGAAGGUGCUGGCCUGUCCCGUCCCCACUGGGACCUGCCACCUGCUGCUACCCUCGCUGCCCUGGGGCAGGUGGAUCCAAGUGACAGCCAAGAGCCUGGGGGAGCCCCAGGUGUCCGUGGCAUUCAGCAUCGUGGCUGCCCUCACAGCCUGCAGGCCAAGGACCAUGACCUCGCGGCACCUUCAGAGCAGCCUGAGGCACAGCCGCAACGCCUCCGCUGGCCUGCUGCCCCUGAGCCUCAGCCUCCAGGACCCGGGCGGGAGCCACGGGCUGGGCAGUGGCUCCUUCUGCCAAACGAGGUACCCCGUCAUGCGGGAAGACGUGGAUGUGGUGUCUGUGCGGUUCUGGUCCCUGGACAGGGUCUCUGUGCGGGUACAGUUGGGCAUGCCCUCGGUGAUGCGGCUGUACCUCGACACAGGCGUGGACGGUGGGGGCUCCCUCACCGUCUCCCUGCAGGCCAAUGAGACCGCACUUGCAAACAACACCCUGGUAGUGGUCUGCGUGAACACCGCCACCCCCUUCCUCAGCCUCACCACCUCGCUCAACUGCACCACAGCCUUCUUCCAGGGCUAUCCCCUGUCUCUGAGCCCCUCAGCUCACAAGGCCACCCUCGUCAUCCCCUACCCAGAGACAGACAGCUGGUACCUCUCCCUGCAGCUCGUGUGCCCUGCGGGUCCUGAGGAGUGUGAGCAGGCUCUGGUCCCGGUGGAAACCACCUCGUACUUGGUGCCCUGCCUGAGUGACUGCGGGCCCUAUGGCCGGUGCCUCCUGCUGCGCAGACACAGCUACCUGUAUGCAGGCUGCAGCUGCGAGCCAGGCUGGCGUGGGUGGAGCUGCACAGACAGGAGCACAGCCCAGAUGGGAGGCCAGCGGAGGCCAGCCACGCCCCUGCUCACCAGCAGCCUCACGCCCCUGGCUCCUGUCACCGUGUCCACGCGCCGCUCCCUCCCGGUGGAGGCCUCCGUCUAUGCCGGCACCAUGUUUUUCUCCAUGUUCUGCCAGCCUGGGGAGGCGGUGCUGUGCAUGCUCAGCUAUGACACGCUGCAGUGCUGCGACUUCUUGGGCUCUGGCGUAUCCAUCUGGGUCACCAUCCUCUGCAUGGCGCGGCUGAAGGCAGCCCUGAAAUACGUUCUGUUUCUUCUGGGCACGCUGGUGUUUGCCAUGUCCUUGCAGCUGGACCGCAGGGGCGCCUGGAACAUGAUGGGGCCUUGUUUGUUUGCCUUUGCAGUUAUGGCCACCAUGUGGGUAUACCGCUGUGGGCACCGGCGCCACUGCUACCCCACCUCCUGGCAGCGCUGGGCCUUCUGCCUCCUGCCUGGCAUCAGCAUGGCUGCCGUGGCCGUUGCCAUCUAUACCUCUAUGACAACCAGUGACAACUACUACUAUACCCACAGCAUCUGGCACAUGCUCCUGGCAGGGAGUGCCACCUUCCUGCUGCCGCCGAGGGAUGCGUACACCAAGCCCUGGGCCUGUUAGCAGAAGCUCCCCUGCCACUAUCAGAUCUGCAGGAACCACCAGGAGGAGCUGUACGCGGUGACGUGACAGGGUCGUGGCAGCUCUCAGGAUGACCUCUCCAACCAGGGGCAGGACUGAAGGAGAGGGACCCCGUGCAGAUCAAUUUCCAGCUGAAUAAAAUUGCCCUGCACACCUGUUUGCUUCCUCCUCCUGAGGAGAGAACCGCAUGCCCCAGCUCCCCUGUGCCCACUGCCUGGCUGUUGCGGUCCCCCUGUGUAGCCUAGCUGGUGUUUGCAGCGGCCCCUGGGCCUGGGCCUGGCUGCCUGGAGAACACAGGUACUGUGUGGGGAAGGCUGUGUGUUCUGACCAGGGGAUGGUUGGAGAUGUGAGGAA